AUGCCAGCGGCACAUGCGUUUCCGCUGAAAGUGGACACUGCCAAGAUGGGCGAAGACCUUCACCGGACCCGGGCUUUGAGACGCGAUUCAGGCUCGGCAGAUUCGACGGAAGUUACCUUGCAACGGGUUGACAGUAAGAUUGAUGAAAUUCUGCGGAAGCUGGAUGAGUGGAGCCCCCAGGUCCACCAGGCACAUGAGCAGAUGAUAGCUCGACUACUCAAGGGCAUCCAGGGCUCUUUGUCCACCGACCUCGCAUCUACUGGAGACGUCAACCUCUCCGGGUUGCAGACGAUCAGCUCCGAGAAUUUGCUAGCGCAAGCACCUGCUGCUGAAGCUGGGACCUCUUCGCAGGGAAGCAAGCAGAUGCGCCACAGGCAACCACCGCUGCGGCAUGUGACAGAGGAGCAGGUGGUGCUGCAGACCGACUUGUCCGGCAGCAGAUGCAGCUCCCGCAGCAAGAAUAGUGCGAAGGGCAAGCGACGUAGCUCGGGGCCGAGUCUCCUCGCUUUGCCAAAGAAGAAUGCCAAAGGCUCCCGGGUUCCGAUAGCCAGUGUUGACAUGUCGACCUUCACGGAGCAAGUGAAUGCCAAGGUGCGACAGGAUGCAGGACACCGUAAACAAAGCGCGGAGAAGCGGUUGAUCGUGCCUAGCAUGAACCAGAUGAAUUCAGCUUUCCUGCACAGCAUGGUUGACAAUAACAACGAUGUGUCUGCGCAUUCUUCGCGGAGUUCUUCCCGCAGACCUUCUUUGCGUCUAUCCGUCAAUGAUAACUCGCAGAUGGAAUUCAAGGACCCGAUGGAACACAGCGAGGUGUCCGACAAUGAGGAGGAGAAGUUGCGGGACCGGGAGAUAGAGCGGCUCGCGAGUCCCACGCCGCAGGAAGAGGAGCUGUCCCACAUCGUCCCGUUACCCGGGGAAGCUCAUGCUCUCGAGCUUCGGCCUCCCAAGAAGAAGCCUCCGACGAUGUUGGACAUGGCCAACCAGUCGCAAGCCAAGAUCAUGGACGAUUUUAAAGAGUUUGCAGCCAGCGGCAUGCACAGCCGCAAUGCCCGGGAGCGGACGACCGCUGCAUCGAAUCUCUUUCAAAGACUUCGUCCAUGCGUGUUGUACUUCCUGGCGGCCUUCUGCGUGUUGGCCAGCUGUGCACCCAUCACCGUCUCAGCUGUCGGACUCACGAGCAGCGUCGGCUUCGGCUUCAUCAUCAUGUCUAGCAACCUCUACACUGUCGCCGCCAUCUCGUGCGUUAUCUUUGUUCGCAGAGCCUUGAAGUCUGACGACUUCACGCUAGCGCUCGACAAGCUGCACAAGUUCGUCGUGACCUUCGAAAUAGAAUGGGGUCAAGUCACGGGACUUGAAUGGCGCAUGUACGCCCUGGCUUGGGUUCUCAUGGUGGCUGGCUUCGGAGCGGCUCUAGGCCUAGAGGAGUGGAAGAUCUCCCAGGAGGCAUGGCAAGUGAAUCUGACGCCGGGUGUCUACGACAUUGCCGCAAUCACACGGGUAGUCUGCGGAGUUCUGAGCUUCAUCGCUUUCACUAUGUGCUCUGCAGCUGUCGUCCUCGCGGACUACGUUCAAUCACAUCUUCUCCUCGGUCUGGACAAGAGCCUCGAUUGCUGGUGUUGCAGCGUUCUGGAUGGAGACUUCAGCAACGCAGUCGACAGCUGGAACUGCAUGCAAGCACUCUUGAAAGCGAUUGGGAAAGAAAUUGCGAGCGGUUUUCUAGCUGCGCAGACGAUCGGGGCAAUCGGAGUCAUCUACGUCCUGGCCAGCUCAGUGACAUUCGCCUUUCAGUCGGGCUUCCAGCUGGAUAUAGCUGCUGUCGAAAGUCUGUCCUCUUUGCCUUUGCUUCUACUCUUUGCAUUGAAUCUGCGCGUCUGCUCACAUGGAGCAGCUCUGACCGAAAAGUGUCGUGCGAUUCCGGCGUUCGUGAACCAGAUACCCUCGCCAGACGCGGAUCCCAUAGACCUGGAUCGCACCUACCUUGUCAGAUUCAUCGCGGAUAGCUCAGCUGGGUUUUUCGUCAAGGACAUCAAGCUGACAAGAGAGAUGUUCAUGAAGAACUUCAUCAUGGUCGGAGGGAUUCUGUCUGGAUUCGUUGGCGUGAUCUCGCGCUUUAACUAG